GACGGGGGGCGGAGUUCACCUCCACGCUGACAGACUGACGGUCACCUCGCCGCCGCUCAUGUGGGUGAAGGCUCUGGACCUGCUACUGGACAAAAUGAAGAGGGCGGGGCUUGACUUCUCCCGUGUGGCGGCGUUGUCGGGCAGCGGCCAGCAACACGGCAGCGUUUACUGGAGACGAGGAGCGUCCGAGACUCUGCGGCAGCUGGACCCGGACCAGGAGCUGCACCAGCUGCUGCAGGGCAGCUUCUCGGUGCGGGACAGUCCCGUGUGGAUGGACUCCAGCAGCACUCGGCAGUGUCGGGACCUGCAGGCGGCAGCAGGGGGAGCUCUGAGACUGGCAGAGAUCACCGGGUCCAGAGCGUACGAGGUCACACCUCUUCAAACUGCCCGUGCUGCACAUGGUGCUCGCUGACCACGUUAUUUGGGUUUAAUGGAAACUGAAGAGUGUGUGUGUGUGUGUGUGUGUGUGUGUGUGUGUGUGUGUGUGUUUGCAGCGUUUCACAGGAAACCAGAUCGCCAAAGUGAGACAGACCCGACCAGACGAGUACCAGGACACCGAGGUGAGUCUGCAGAUAAUUUCUGUUUU